AUGCACGGCUCAAAACACAUAGCGGUGUUGUUGGCGCUGGCUUUGGGGAAUGUUGUCUUGGGAUUAGAGGAUGUCGCGCCAGUAGCGGCUGCCGUUCCCAAUCCGCAGUCGCUGUAUGUUCAGUUUAUGCACCCUGUUCCACGGUCUUAUGUUUAUGGUCAAGAUUUGGGUUUCCGCCUAAACGUCAACCCCUCUCUCACCACCGGCGGUUGCGCCUCCCCCAACAUCACCAUCAACAACCAACCCUUACUUUCUUCGCAAGACGGGUCGUUUGUGCUAGAUAACGAUAUCAAGGUUGAUCUUACUUGGGAAUCACGCUGCUUCCCCUCCGCUGACGUCGAAGACACCGAUACCGACUCCGUCCACAGCGGAAACCCUAACGGCAACGGCGAUGUUGGGCACGUGGAUUCUAACCAGCGAUCGCAAUCCGUCACCCUCACUUUGCAAGCCGUCGACGGACAGCCGGUAAAAGAGGAUUUGAGUUGUACGAUCUGGUUCAGACAAGAAGAACCGGUGUGGGCGUUUGGAGUGGCGGGGUGGUGUGUUGAUGCGAGGAUUAGGGAUGUUAGGGGGAAGAAUGGGGGGUGGGAGGUUGUUUUUGAUGACAAUGAUCAUGGAGACAACGCAGUGGAAGAGAGAGAAGAAGAGGGGAAAGGGGAGAGUAGGGAGGGCAGGUUGGGAAGGGAGAGGAAGGAGUUUGAGAGGGAGGUGGAGUGUUUGGAGUUUCGGAGGAGUGUUGCUACUGCUGAGGAGAGAGACAGUGCCGGUGUGGCUGGACACGGCUAUGCGCAAAAGCCGGUGGUGAGCAGGGAGUACGAGGCAAGCCGACAACGGCUCGAAACCCUUUGCGCGAACCUCCCGCCGAGAGCCAACGACAUCAGCACUCCCUCUGUCCAUCCGCCAUGGCAGCUCCCGCAUCACCGACCAGCUAAACCAGCUCGCCUCCCGUUUCCCGGUCUGCUUUUGGACUCACCCUCACCAUCAUCCCAGCAAAAGACUCUAGCGUCCCUCCUCUCUUUACUCCGCGCCUCACUCUACGCCCGUCUGGCUAUCCUCUCCCCCGCCCGUCUAGCCAGCUACCUCACGUUCCUCUCCCUCCCCAUUUUCGCUUGCGUCUUCCACUCCCUACGCAGGCUACGCAACCGGCGAAGAAGACUGGCCCAGAGAAACGGGGGAGGAGAGCCAGUGGUGGUGAUAGAAUCGCUCUGUCCCGGCUUCUAUGGCAGCGACGAAAGCUGUGGGGAGUGCAAGGCUAGGUAUUUUGCUCAGUUGCAAGCUGAAGCUGGCGCUGGAUCUGGGGGAAGUGAUGGGAAAUGUGAAGGUGAGUGGGACAAUGAUGGAAUGGCGGAGAGGGGGGGUCCGUUAGAGGAGAAGGAGGGGAUGUCAGAGGUGCAUGGGGAGAAAUGGGAGAAAGAAGAGAAAGAGAGGAUUUCGGAAAGAGAGUACCAGCGCUAUUGUGAGUACCAUGCAGUGCCAGAGGAUGGGUUCGCGUUGAGGUAUGAACCUGGGUCUGAACUCCGGGCGGUACAUGAGCUUGUGGGCGAGGUUGUUGAUGAUGAGAGGGUAUGGGAUGAGAAAGAAACGUUGGUUGACUCGGAAGACGAGCGGGAGAAGGAGCGUGGAGAUGAAGUCGGGGAGAGCAGUGGUGAGGAUAGUGGAGGUGAGGAUAGCGAUGAUGAUUUGUCCAUUGGGGGCGAGCUAGCUUCGUUCAUGAGGGCUGCGAAUCUGGUGGAGGAUAUGAUUCGGGCUGGAGCGAGGCGAGAAGCGGCUCUAAGGCCUGAGGUCGCCCCGGUGAAUGCCAGGCGGCAGGCGCCUGGGACGCCUCCACCGCCGAGUUAUGUGGAGGUGGUAGGGCUGAGGGGGGUUGUUGAUGACGAAGGGUUACCGCCUCGGUAUGAGGAAUAUCUGAGAAGUCGAAGGUAA